UUAUUAAAAACCGAAGAACGAAAAAAAAACAUACCUUUCAAAAUUAGAUAUAUGCCUGCGUAAUCGAAUAACAAAGUAUAUAUAAGAACACAGGGAUUAAUAUAAUACUGAAGCUUUUUAUAGAAUUGUAAAUAUUAAUGAUUAUAAGCAUAUCACCACGGAAUAACAUAUAUUUUACGAAUUUGUAAAAUAAAAAGUAUAUAAUGAGAGGAUCUAAGUUUUGAUAACCCAAUGCAACCCUGUUGAAAUAUAUUGGAAGUGUUCAGAAGGUUUUAAAUUCGAAUUCAUUUGAAUUCGAAGUAACCAUCAGGUGAAGUUGGCUGCACUUAUUCUUUUUAAUUCGUUGUUGGGUAGGAAAGAAGACUAAACAGCAAAAAUGGGUAAGGGAAAUAAUAUGAUUCCAAAUGCUCACUUCCACAAGUGGUGGCAACGUAAUGUGAAGACCUGGUUUAAUCAGCCAGCACGCAAAUACCGCAGACGUCAAAAUCGCAUCAAGAAAGCUAAGGCUGUUUUCCCACGUCCAGCACAAGCUUUACGCCCAGUAGUACGUUGUCCAACCAUCCGUUAUCAUACGAAAUUGCGCGCAGGACGCGGUUUUACACUGGAAGAAUUGAAGGGUGCCGGUCUGACUUAUGGGUUUGCCAGAACUAUUGGUAUUGCCGUUGAUAAGAGACGCAAGAACAAAUCGCUUGAAUCUCGUCAACGUAAUGUUCAACGUUUAAAGGAAUACAAGAGCAAAUUGAUUCUAUUCCCCAUAAACGAGAAGAAGAUCCGCAAGGGCGAAUCUACUGUUGAGGAAUGCAAGUUGGCCACACAAAUUAAGGGACCAGUCAUGCCAAUCAAGAAAGAACAACCAGUCAUUGAAUACCGAGAAAUCGCUAAGGAUGAACAGAAAUUCAAGGCGUUUGCCACUUUGCGCAAGGCUCGUUCUGACGCUCGUUUGGUUGGUAUUCGGGCAAAGCGUGCCAAGGAGAAUGCUGAUAAUGUUGACGAUGCUGGUAAAGAUGUAAAGAAAUCCAAAAAGUAAAUUUGUUUUACAAAUUGAAAUAAAAUAAUAAUUUUUACAUAAUUAUCUGAA